AUGGUUCUGUCUAGUAAUUGGUUAAGCUUACAGAAGAGUACUGAUUCUGAUAGCGUGAAUAAGAAUAAGGGUGGAAAGAAGACGAAAAGUAAUUCUAAGAAGAGGACAGUUUCCGUUAAAAAAGACAAACAGUAUGUCGACAAGAAGAAGAAGAAUGGUACUGGGUCUAAGAUCAUGGAUAUGGUUGCCAAUAUGAAUAGGGAAAUCGCUAAAGUAGAGCAAGAGAGAACGAAGAAUACCCAUGCGGAUGGUCAGAUGAUUAAUUCUGAGGAUAGGUUUGAGUCAGUGUUGAAACAAAAGUUGAAUGAAGACGUUGCAAAGAAAUCUUUGUCAAGAACAAACGGAGUAGGGAAAUAUGUUUCUAUGGACUGUGAAUUUGUCGGUGUCGGACCUGAUGGGAAAGACUCUGCUUUGGCGAGAGUAUCUAUAGUUAACUAUUACGGGAAUGUGGUGCUUGACCUAUUUGUGAGACCCAAGGAACCGGUGACGGAUUGGAGAACGUGGGUUAGUGGUAUCAAACCUCAUCACAUGGCCAACGCAGUGACACAAGAGGACUGUCAGAAACAGGUCUCAAAUGUAUUAAAGGGUAGAAUAUUGGUUGGACAUUCUGUUCACCAUGAUCUUACUGCUUUAAUGCUUUCACAUCCAAGACGAAUGAUUAGGGAUACCUCCAGACACAUGCCAUUUAGACAAAAAUAUAGCGAGGGCAAAACACCAAGUCUAAAGAAACUAACGAAAGAAAUUUUACAGUUAGAUAUUCAAGACGGUGAGCAUAGUUCCAUCGAAGAUGCAAGAGCGACAAUGCUCCUGUACAAAUCGGAUAAGCUGGAAUUUGAAAAAUUACAUAACAAACAGUUUGGGCCUUCAAAGCCAACCCAGGAGUAA